AUGACGAAGGCGGAGGACAAGGCGGAGAAGGGCGCCGGCAAGGGCCCGCCGGCCAAGGACGCGAACGAUGCGGAGGAUCUGUCCGCGGAGGACCGGGAGCUGAAGGAACGAUUGGAAGAAGCUGUGGAGUCUGUCCUUCGCAACGAUAUCGACGCGCAGAAGGCUUCUAUCGGGAUCCUCAGCGACGAGGUGCGGGAGUCGACGUCGUCGAUGACUGCGGUGCCAAAGCCCCUGCGAUUCCUCAAGCCCUUCUACGGGGACCUCAAGCAGCACCUCGAGGGCAUGGCGGCGUCCACUCCGGCCGACGUGCGCCGCUCGCUGGCCGAACUAGUCUCCGUGCUCGCCAUGACGGCGCAGCCAGAGAGCCGCGAGUGUCUCAAGUACCGCAUCGUCGCAGGCUCCGAGGGCGCGGACGCGUGGGGCCACGAGUACCUCCGGCACCUCGCGGGGGAGUGCGGGCAGCAGUACGCGGCGCAGACCGAGGCGGGGGAGUCCACGGCCGACGUCAUGAACCUCGUCAAGACGAUCGUCGCGUACCAGAUGGGCCACGGCGCGGAGCCCGAGGCCGUCGACCUCGCGCUUGAGGUCGAGGCCAUUCGCGACCUCGUGCAACACGCAGACGCAACCAACUACCGUCGGACUUGCUUAUACCUCGUGUCGUGCUGCAGCUACCUGCCGGACCCGGACAACACCGAGGUGCUCGAGGUGGCGUACGACAUCUACAUGAAGGUCGAGCAGUACACGGACGCGAUGCGGCUGUCGCUGCGCCUCAACGACCCGCCCCGCAUUCGCCGGACGUUUGCCACGUGCAGCGACGUGGGCGUGAAGAAGCAGCUGUGCUACCUGCUCGGGCGGCAGGGCGCGAUCCUGGACCUCGAGGACGGCGAGUGCGCGGUCAGUGACUCGGACCUCGUCGACACGCUGCGGGAGAUAAUGUCCAACUCCAAGCUGUCCACACACUACCUCUCCCUCGCCAGGGACCUCGACGUCCUCGAGCCGCGCAAGCCCGAGGACGUCUUCAAGCUGCACCUCCUCGACGGCAACCGCGGCGGCGCGGCGCUCGUCGACAGCGCGCGCGGCAACCUGGCCUCGUCCUUCGUCAACGCCUUCGUCAACGCGGGCUUCGGCACCGACACGCUCCUCACCGCCGAGCCCGCGGAGGGCGAGGUCUCCUGGGUCUUCAAGAACCGCGAGCACAUGCGCAUCUCCGCCACUGCCUCCCUCGGCAUGCUCGGCAUGUGGGACGUCGAGGGCGGCCUGCCGCUGCUGGACAAGUACCUCUACGUCGAGGUCGACGACGUCAAGGCCGGCGCGCUCCUCGGCGUCGGCGUCCUGUGCGCGAACGUCCGCCACGAGACCGACCCCGCGCUCGCGAUCCUGAGCGAGUAUGUCGGGUCGGACCGCGCGAACAUCCGCACCGGCGCGAUCAUGGGCCUCGGCCUCGCGUACGCCGGGACGUGCCGCGAGGACCUCAAGGAGCUGCUCCUGCCCGUCAUCACGGACGCGGCGGCCAGCAUGGAGAUUGUGGGCUACGCCGCCAUGUCGGUCGGGCUGAUCUUCGCCGGCGCGAUGCCGGACGACGCGACCAGCGCGAUCCUCCAGGUCCUCAUGAUCCGCUCCGAGGACGAGCUCUCGAACCCGCACACGAUGAUGGUCUGUCUCGGCCUCGGGCUCAUGUUUCUGGGCCGGCAGGCCAGCGUCGACGCGACGGUCGAGAUCACGAAGACGCUCUCGGACCGCAUCGCGCUCUUCGCGCAGAUCUGCGUCGAGACGUGCGCGUUCGCGGGCUCCGGCAACGUCCUGCGCCUGCAGGAGCUCCUGGCGCACCUGUCGACGGAGCCCCCCGCGGCGGGCGCGGCGGCGGCGGGCGCGGCGGCGGACCAGGAGGCGUGGAAGAGCUGGCACCAGGCGCCCGCGGUCAUCGGGAUCGCGCUGAUCGCGAUGGGCGAGGAGCUCGGGUCGUCGAUGGCGUACCGCAUGUUUGAGCACCUCCUGCAGUACGGCGGGCCGGUGGUGCGGCGCGCGGUGCCGCUGGCGCUCGGGCUGCUCAACGUGAGCAAUCCGGAGAUCGGCGUCGUCGACAUUCUGUCGCGGCUGUCGCACGACGUGGACUCGAGCGUCGCGAUUGCGGCCGCGCUCAGCCUCGGGCUCGUGGGCGCCGGGACGAACAACUCGCGGCUCGCGGGGCUGCUGCGGAGCCUCGGGCAGUACCACAGCAAGGACCCGACCGCGCUGCUGAUGGUGCGCGUGGCGCAGGGGCUCAUUCACGCCGGAAAGGGACUGCUGACGUUCUCGCCGUACCACACCGAGCGGCAGCUGCUGUCGCUGCCGGCGCUGGGGGGGAUCCUCGGCGUGCUGUACGCGGCGCUGCUGCCGAAGAUCACGAUCGGAGGCAAGCACCACAUGAUGCUGUUCUACCUCUCUCUCGCGAUGUUCCCGCGCAUGCUCAUGCUCCUCGAUGAGGAGGGCAACAUGGUGUCGGCCCAGGUGCGCGUCGGACAGGCCGUGGACGUCGUCGCGCAAGCGGGCCGCCCCAAGGCCAUCACGGGCUUCCAGACGUACACCACGCCGAUCCUCGUGGGCCACGGCGAGCGCGCGGAGCUCGCCACCGAGCAGUACCUCGCACAGUCAUCGAUCCUCGAGGGCGUCGUCAUCGUGCGCCCCAACCCGGACUACGUCGACUGA